AUGCUUCGUUCAUCUAAUAAUCGUCUCAAUUAUCGUCAAGCGCCAUCGAGUAUUGAGAAUUACAAAGCAGUAAAUGAGCUCGUAAUGAAACCAACAAGUCCUAGAACAUCAGUUCAGUCACUGACGACACAACAUGAUAAAUGGAAUGAUGAAAAUCGAACAUUACGAAAAUUAGUUGUUGAUCAAUCAUUAAAUCCUUCUAAAUCUCGAUCACGAACAUUAGAAAAAUUCGUUGCUGAUCAACCCUUGAAUCCUUCUCAAUCACCGUCACGAUCACCAAGUGUUGCCUCAUUAAAAUCCAUGGUUAUCGAAGGACAGUGGAAAUAUCGAGGACAUGACGACGAUCGUCUUCGACUUAAGACAAUGGGUAUUGAAAAUUUAGUUACUAUUUGUCAUGAUGUUAUGAAUGUAACAUUUCAAUCAACUAAUCAAAAACAAGAAAAACGAAGAAAAUCUCUAUCAACAAAUUUCCGUUGGCCAAUAGUACAACUUGAUGAAUUUAACAAAUUAACUAAAACCAAUAAGGCAUCUUUACGUCGUGCUCAUCUUCUUAAUCUUAUGACAAUCGUUUAUGAAGCAGCUUCAUCAAGUGCUUCCAUAUCUCAACUCGUUCGUAUUUGGCGUGAAGUUUCUGAUCAUUCAAAAUCAUCUCAGUCUCAAACGCAACCAUUAAUAUCUUAUAAACAAGCUUUUCAACAUUUAAUUCGUAAACCUGAUAAUCGUUUACUUGAAAUAGCACUGCAUGCUUCUUUAUUAAGCACUCAUAAACGAUCCGAUUUACAACGAUUAGGUGAAACGUUAGGUGUCGAAAGAAAUGAAUUUGAUAUGGAUUCGAUUCGAGACUCAACAAAAGCUUUUCGAAAUCUAAUCAAGUUGUUACGUGAAAAACAGUUAAAACAAAAACUGGAACUACAAAAUAUUAAUACAAAGAUACUACCAUUUAAACCAAAAACCCAGCAAGGUAUUUAUGUCAAUGUUGCUGGUACAAGAUUUCCUCUAAUUUCUCUAGCUGUUAAGCUAUCUGGUUUUUCCAUAUGCUCGAAUUCUGAUUUUACUUGUAAUCUUUUAUGGAAUGAUUCAUUAAUUUCUAUGGAUAUUGUAUCAGCACUUAAACCUUAUCAAAAAGUAAAUCAUUUUCCAACAAUGAAUGAAAUAUCACGUAAAGAUUUACUAGCUGCAAAUUAUGACAGAUUAUCAAGUUUUGUUCCUCAGGAAUAUAAUUUUGCUCCAAAAACUUGGAUAUUACCGAAAGAAUAUAAUCUAUGGUAUUCGUAUGCAUCGAGUGAACCGAAAAAAGAUCCAUUUAUUUACAUUGUUAAACCAAUUAAUGCAGCAAUGGGACAAGGAAUUUCAAUUCAUUGUGAUUAUAAACAAAUUCAACCAAUGGAUAAUUAUAUCAUUCAAGAAUACAUACGAGAACCUUAUUUAAUAGACGGUUUUAAAUUUGAUCUUCGCAUCUAUGCUUUAAUAACUUCGUGUGAUCCACUACGUGUAUUUAUUUUUAAUAAUGGUCUUGUUCGUAUGAGUUCGAAAAAAUAUAAAAUACCUCCUAAUUCGAAAAACAAAUUUAAUCUUUCUAUGCAUUUAACAAAUUAUAUACCUGAUGAAAAUGAGCUAGAUGAUGAUUUCGACAUAGAUAAUGGAAAAACAGAUUCACUAGAAUUUUUAUUUAAAUAUUUAAAAAAUCAAAAUCAAGAUGUCAAUAAAUUAUGGAAAGAAAUACAAAAUAUUGUAAUAAAAACUAUAUUUCUUGCUGAACCACAUCUAUUAAAAACUUAUCAAAUGUGUCGUCCAGGAGUAUUACCAACCAGUGAAAGUGUUUGUUUCGAAUUACUUGGAUUUGAUAUAUUAAUUGAUAAAAAAUUAAAACCAUGGAUCCUUGAGGUUAAUCGUUGUCCAAGUUUUGAUGUUAAUCGACAAAUUGAAUUUGAUAUCAAAAUUAAAUUAUUAUAUGAAACAUUUGAUUUACUUCGUUUUCGGUCAUCCGAUCGAAAGAAAAGUAUUGAUAUUGAAAAAACUGAAGCACAACGUCGAUUGUAUUCCAAUAUAGGAAAAGAUACAAAUGAUCAAACUAAUGAAUUAAAUAAAAUGAAAGAAAUUUUAUAUCUUCUUCGACGAGAAAAAGAACGUGAACAUUUUGAAAGUCGCCAUUUAGGUGGUUUUAUUCGUUUAUUUCCAGUCAAUGAUCAAAAUCGAAUGAAUGAACUAAUGAAUAUUUUAACAAAAUGUUUUCAAGUUUUAUAUACAAAUAAAAAUGAUUCAUCGUGGAUUAUGAAAUAUUAUAAUCAAUAUGAUGAAGAAGAAAUAUUAAACAUGAUUACUCGAUUAGAAAAUAUUUAUCAAAAAGAUCGACAAGAAAGUUCAAGAUUAACUUAUACAUCCAAUAGUAGUCUUGAAUUAAAUCGUUUAUCACCUUCGACUAGUUUUGUUUUUGAAGCAAGCGAUGACGAGAAUAAACUUCGAUCAGAUUCAUCGCGUUCUAAUAAAAUUAAAAAAUCUCCAUCAUCAACAAGUGAUCCAUUUAUGAAAAGAGUAUCAACACAAACACCAUCAAAUAUCUUUCGAUCAACCUCAUCAUCAUCAUUAAAUAAUCCAAAACAACCAUCAAACGCAUUUGUUUUGACAGGCGAUACUAGUCAAACACGAGGAAAAUUACACCACAUGCCACCAGGUGUGUCAGCUCAGCGAAUAACAGAAAAAAAGGCUUAUUCUACAUUACCAACAUCAUCAAAAAAUACUGAUCAACAACGAUCUCAAUCACCAAAAACUAUACAAACUCAUGAUGAUAAAUCUCAAAUGGUUACCUAUUCAUCUAUUGUACAAGCAACUCGAAAACAACAAGUAAAUAACCAAUCAAUAGCAGUUAACAUCACAAAAGAACUUCAAUUAACUAAUACUGAUUUAAAUCGUUUAUAUCAAUUAAUACUUAAUCAAAUGAAUAAAUUACGUAUUCAUUAUCCAAAUAAAUCAGAUAAAGAAACAAAUCAAAUUUGUAUUGAGAUCAUUGAAAAUUGGAAUAGAUAUAAAUCUGAUAUCGGUCGUUAUUGGUUAGUUGAAUUCGAUGCAAAUAAAAGGCAGUCAAUAAUAGAUAUUGUUUGGAAUAAUGUACAACUAAUAAUGAAAAAAGUAUGCAUUAUUGAUGAACUUGUUCAACAAUUACCAUUAAAUCGUCAUUUAAUGAAAUUACAACGACGUUUAUUAGCAAAUCAUGGACAAUGUUUAUGGGAUACAUGUCAAAAUAAACAUAAUUCAUGGGAAUCAUUAUUUGUGAAAAGUACAAAUCACUUGUCGGAUAUUGAAUUAGAAUGUUGUUAUCGUUUUGUUGAUUUAUGUAAAGAAGCUCUGUUUAUUGUUUAUCGAUAUUCAAUUGAUGAAAAAAUAUAUCAACAAAAACACAUUAAUCAAGAAUUAACAGUAAUGAUUAAAUCUUAA